AUGACAGAAUCUGUUGCUGGGCCAGCUAAAUUGGAGAACUCACGUCGUGAUAAGCGGAAAGAGGCUCGCUUGCAGAAGAACCAGAAAAAACAUGAAUACUUUCAGCGUCAGAAGUUGCGAAAGGAGAAACGAGGAUCAUCAUCGGUUCAGAAGACCGGUGACGUGAUCAAGCCUGAGAAUGUUCACCAGGAAAGUGAUAGUGAAACUGAGCAUGAUGUAAAGUCAGUUAGAUCUUUGACGCAUGAGAAAGGCGAGGAUAGAGUCAAAUCAAAGGAGAAGAAGAUGCAAAGAGUAGACAGAGUGAAAGAUGUAAAGAAACCAAAGAAGACGAAAUUUGAAGAGCUUCUUGAAAUGGAGACGCAAAGCGGUUUAGUAUCUCGUGACGAGGAUGUUGAACUUGAGAGGAAGCUCGCAAAGAAGCUCAAGGUAAACAAAGGAAAACUAAGGGGCUUGGAUGAUGGUAUGAAUGAAUUGUUCGAAGGACUUCCAUCUGUAUUGGAUUCGAUUGGAUCUGAACUCGGUGAUUCUUCUCGUAAGAAGCGUAAGAGAAAGAGAUCCGAAGAAAAACAGGACGAUGAGGUCGUCGAUAAGCAAGCAGACGAAGAUUUGGAGCAUGAAGAAUCCGGUUUUUCUGACGAGGCUGUCGUUAUGCAAGCAGACGAAGAUUCGGAGCAUGAAGAUUCCGAUCAUUCUGAUGAGGUUGUCGAUAAGCAAGCAGACGAAGAUUUGGAGCAUGAAGAAUCCGAUUUUUCUGAUGAGGCAAGCGAAGAAGAGCCUACAAGAAAAAGAGACCGUAAACAGCGUAAGAAGAAGAAUAAGAAGAAAAAGUCUGUGGAUGAAGAACUAGAAAGUCAUCCUAUGGAGAUCACAGAUCGUGGUGAGUCAGAGACUGUUAGUUCUGACGAUUCACCGUCUGCUUUGGAGAAAGUAGAAUCUCCUCUGCAGGAAGAUCCUCAGAGCACCAUCAAGUAUGUUGCUCCUCGUUUUAGAUCUCAGGCCAGAAGUGAACCUGAAGAACACACUAAACUACGUACACGGAUCAAAGGUCUUCUUAAUAAAAUGGCUGAAUCCAAUGUAGAAACAAUAACCGCAGAACUUUCCACUAUCUAUCGCACUGUUGCGAGAAGUGUGUCCUCUCAGAUUUUCUGUGAAGAGGUUUUGGCAACUUAUUCCAGAGGCAAUGAACAGUACUCUGUAUUUGCUGCUUUUAUAGCUGGCAUGGCGUGUCAAGUGGGUAUGGAUUUUAGUGCAAAGCUUAUUGCUUCACUUGCUAAAUCCUUUGAGGAUGAAUACCAGAAAGAAGACAGUCUCUCUUUGAAUGGAAUUACUCUUUUACUCUCUUAUCUGUGCAUGUUGGGAGUUUGCUCCAGUGAUCUUAUUUAUGAUUUCUUUAUGACAUUGGGGACGCGGCUGACUGAAGUUGCUGCCUCCACUAUUAUAACUGUUUUAGAUUGCUGUGGAAUGAAAAUAAGAAGUGAUGAUCCUCUGGCUAUGAAAACUUUCAUCAUAAGCAUCCAAAACAAGACAAAUGAAAUUAAAACCUCCCCGGAAGGCCAGCCUAAAAUAAAAAACUACACAAUGGAAAAGAUGCUUGAAACCCUUUCUGCAAUCAAGAACAACAAGUUCAGAGCGAAAGAUGAUUCUGUCCAGAACACAAGGGUGAAAAAGUGGCUUCAGAAGUUGAGAGUGGAAGAAGUAUUAUUAAGAGGGCUCACAUGGAGCAAGCUGCUUGACCCGGAGAAGAAGGGUCAGUGGUGGUUAUCUGGCGAUUUGGUGGUUAAAUCAAACAACGCCGAAGAUGUAGCACAAACAAUGGAUGCAGAUGUUGUUGAGGCCCAGAAGAUGUUAAAGCUAGCUGAUGCACAGAGGAUGAAUACAGAUUCCAGAAAGGCUAUAUUUUGCGUGAUCAUGAGCAGUGAGGACUACAUUGAUGCAUUUGAGAAACUUCUUAGAUUGGAUUUGCCAGGAAAACAGGACAGAGAGAUCAUGAGGGUUCUAGUUGAAUGCUGUUUACAGGAGCAAGUAUUUAACAAGUACUACACAGUUCUCGCUUCUAAGCUGUGCGCGCACGACAAGAAUCAUAAGUUUACACUACAGUAUUGCAUUUGGGACCAUUUCAAAGAACUAGAGACGAUGUCGCUUCAGAGAUCAAUGCAUCUGGCGAAAUUUGUUGCGGAGAUGAUUGUAUCUUUCAAUCUUUCUCUUGCGGUGCUAAAAUCCGUGGACUUGGCAAAUCCGGUGAUGUUAACUCCGAAAAGAAUCAUGCACUUUCGAAUUAUGUUCGAGGCCAUCUUCGAGCACCCUGAGAAUCUUGUGUGGAACUUGUUCACGCGCAUAGCCUUGAAUCCGGACUAUGAAGCGCUACGCGAUGGCAUCAAGUUCUUUAUGAAGGAAUAUGUUGUGAAGGCUAAUAAAGCAAUCUUUGGGAAAUUCAGGAAAGCUAAAGAAGCUCUUAACAAUGCAGAUGGAUUGCUCAUGUGA